AUGGUGAAAGAUACUGUGUAUUACGACAUCUUGGGUGUCGAGCCUACUGCCAAUGACUUGGAAUUGAAAAAAGCAUACCGAAAACAAGCAAUCAAAUUGCACCCUGAUAAGAACGCCAAUGAUCCCAAUGCAGCCGAAAAGUUUCAAGAAUUGGGCGAAGCAUAUGGAAUAUUGAAGGAUCCAGACACCAGAGCCGUGUAUGAUGAGUUUGGAGUUGAGGGAAUGAAAGAGAAGGCAGCUGCUGGAGAAGCAGCCGAGUUUGAUCCUUCGGAAUUCUUUACUAUGGUGUUUGGAGGAGAAGCGUUUAAAGAUUGGAUUGGGGAAUUAUCGAUGUUGCUGGAAAUUUCAAAGACUGCUGAAGUGUUGGAAGAAAAUGAUGAGGAAACAAGCAAGACCGAUAGCACAGCUAAUGAGCAAACUGUAGCUACAUCAAAUGCUGAUGGUACUGUGUCUACACCCAGUGUUUCUGAAAACAAGGUUAAUGAACCAAUAACUUCAGAUACCAUCAAAAAGGCCAAGAAAAAGAAGAUGACCAAGGAGCAACGUGAAGAAGUGAUGAAAAUGUAUGAAGAAUCUAAGAUUGCCAAGCAGAAACGUGUGGACGAACUUGCUAAAAAUUUGUUAUCUCGUAUAGAGAGCUACCAAAGUGCCGUUGGAAACGCUGAUGCCUUGAAACAAUUCACCAGCAAAUUGAGAACUGAAUUUGAAGAUUUAAAGAUUGAAAGUUUUGGUAUUCAAUUGUUACAUUUGAUUGGGAAAAUCUAUACUGAUAAGGCACAUGCUACUAUACGUUCCACUAAAACCCUCGGUGUUUCCAAGAUAUUUAGUUCUGUCAAAAAUAAAACCGAGACAAUAAAGAAUGGGUACAAUAUCUUACUGACAGCAAUGGAUGCCCAACAAUCAGCAGUAGAGAUGCUUGAACGUCAAGAACAGCUUGCUGCUGCCCAAGCAAUGGGGUAUGAAGCUAGCCAGGAGGAAUUGUAUGAACAAGCAGAAAUGGAAAGAAUAAUUACUGGAAAGUUCUUGGCUACCGCUUGGGCAUCUACCAAGUUUGAAGUGACUGAUGUUUUGACCAAGGUUUGUCACAAGGUAUUGAGUGAUAAGUCUAUAUCUAAAAAGGAAAAGGUAUCUCGCGCUAAUGCCGUCUUAUUCAUCGGUAAGGAAUUGUUACAAGUACAAAGAAGUCCAGAAGAAGAGGAAGAAGCCAGGAUCUUUGAAGAAAUGAUGGCUGAAGCCAAGGCUAAAAAGUCAAAGAAGAAGAGAUCCAAGGUAAGCGAAAAGGAUAUAGAAGAGUACAUGAAGAGAAUGGAUUCCUCUCAAGAAGAAUCAAGCUAA